CUGGUGGUCGACAGCGGGCGAAGGCGCCAACGACAAUCCAGGAUAUGGAUUCCUGAGGUUACUUCAUUCGCUUUGUGCUCUCUCGCGUUCUUGAUUCAUUCGCUUUUGUGUUCCCCCUAAACCUUUACGUUCUUGAUUCAUUCCCUUGUGGAUUGGAAGGUGAGCAGAGUAGGCGUCACCUGCUUCGCCGUGCCUCUGAUCCCGUGAUUCGCGUGCCCCCGCCCGCGUGAUCCAUCUUCGCCCGAUGCCCGCAGGUGCUCCUUCGUCCUCGCCCGCCGUCCUUUCGUCGUCCUCCCCCGCCGAGCGCUUGCUCCGCGUUCGUCAUUCUUCACUGCGUCUCGCGACCGAGACGCCCUCCCCUCCCCAACUUGCUCAGCCCUUCCGUGUGGACGUCGUUCCCCGUCGUCAUCGCUUGCAUAGCGCCUGCUUCGCUGCGUCCCGCGCCCGAGACACCUUCCCCCACCCCCUCCCCGACCUGUUGCGCCCCCUCUGUGCCCAAGACGCACCACCCCCUCCAUCACAGUCGUCCUCGCUUCCUCCCUCCAGCGUCAGCGGUCUGUCUCACUCCAUGGCAUGGAUCUGGAUGGUCCUCGUAGCGGCAGUCGUGCUCCUUUGUCGUGUUGUCCUGUGUGGCCCCGAGCGUGCAGUUCAUGCCCCUCACAGCAGCGAUAGGAGAAGCCGGAACAUGUUGCUGAUCGUCCCCCACCCUGACGACAAGUCCAUGUCGGUGGACUUACCCAAGCAGAAUAGGUGUGAUUUAGUUGUGGUGGCGAAUGGAUGGAAGGAGAAGAUAGCUUCUGGUUUGACAAUAUGUGUGGUGAUUCGAAUCCCUGUCUUUCACAUGUUUUUUUCGUUUUGUCAGUACACCAGAGGUCCUGCAGCGGGUCACAACCACUGAGAUAUUGCAGGGCAAUGACAGUCUUGGGUUGAAAUAUGUAAGCAGACAUAUAUGCCCGAUAACUUUUGACUAACAUACUAAUAUUAGAAAGAUGAGAUGUUCAUAUU